AAGGGGUUUCACCAUGUCGCCCAGGCUUGUCUGGAGCUCCUGGGUUCAAGUGACCCUCCUGCCUCGGACUCUCAAAGCGCUGGGAUUAGACACAAGCCACCAUGCCCGGCCUGUAUUUUAUUUUUUAAGGGCGGGCGUCCUCUUCUGUUUUAUAAAAGGAACAGUCGAAUUCCUACUGGAAGCAACGCGCGCAGAGGGGAAGGCUUUGUAGACCCCGGCUCUGGUUUGGGAUUUAAAGAACUGAAUUUCGAUGGGUGAAGACAGUGGGAAAGGGCGGUGGCAUGAUCCUCGUUUUACAGACUAGGAAGUCGAGCCUCAGGGCAGUGACGGGGCUUCUCCGCAGGCUCCGCGAAGAAAGCGAGGCUGGGAGGACCCAGACCAGCGGCCACAACAGCCUCAGCGGCUACAACAGCCUCAGCGGCCUCAACAGCCUCAGCGGCCUCAUGUCAGCCGGCAGAGGGUGCAGGGAGCUGGCAGCUACAGCUCUGCUGGGGCGUGGCCUUCUGACGCACCGUCACAGUUCCCUCUGUGGCCGCCCAUUGGCUCCCUCUUACCGCCCUUUUCCGGGGCAAGGGAAGCUAGUAGCGGAGCCGGAAGUGAGGCACCCUAGGGCUCGGGACAGCGGCGGCGUUUAAAGCUGAGCCACCCAGUGCCACUGGAGACGGUCAGCUUCUCCACUCAGGCUCCUCCAGCCCGAGCCAGAAGACUCCCUCCCCCAGAAUUCUGGGGGCCGAUGGAAGGGAGCCGAGUCGGAUCGCGAGGUACCCAGAGCCGACAGACCCGAGCGACAGGGCGUUGCCAGAAGCCCCGCCCCUAGGAGUGAUCGGAAAGCCUCACCCAUCCGGGUGAGGAACCGGGAGGGACCGCCUCGGGGCGGAGCCCGCCGACCAUGGCUACGCCCCCGGUGGCCGGUCCCGCAGCUCUACGCUUCGCCGCCGCGGCUAGCUGGCAGGUUGUGCGCGGACGCUGCGUGGAACAUUUUCCGCGAGUACUGGAGUUUCUGCGAUCUCUGCGCGCUGUUGCCCCUGGCUUGGUUCGCUACCGGCACCACGAACGCCUUUGUAUGGGCCUAAAGGCCAAGGUGGUGGUGGAGCUGAUCCUGCAGGGCCGGCCUUGGGCCCAAGUCCUGAAAGCCCUGAAUCACCACUUUCCAGAAUCUGGACCUAUAGUGCGGGAUCCCAAGGCUACAAAGCAGGAUCUGAGGAAGAUUUUGGAGGCACAGGAAACUUUUUACCAGCAGGUGAAGCAGCUGUCAGAGGCUCCUGUGGAUCUGGCCUCGAAGCUGCAGGAACUUGAACAAGAGUAUGGGGAACCCUUUCUGGCUGCCAUGGAAAAGCUGCUUUUUGAAUACUUGUGUCAGCUGGAGAAAGCACUGCCUACACCGCAGGCACAGCAGCUUCAGGAUGUGCUGAGUUGGAUGCAGCCUGGAGUCUCUAUCACCUCUUCUCUUGCCUGGAGACAAUAUGGUGUGGACAUGGGGUGGCCGCUUCCAGAGUGCUCUGUUACUGACUCAGUGAACCUGGCUGAGCCCAUGGAACAGAAUCCUCCUCAGCAACAAAGACUAGCACUCCACAAUCCUCUGCCAAAAGCCAAGCCUGGCACACAUCUUCCUCAGGGACCAUCUUCAAGGACACACCCAGAACCUCUAGCUGGCCGACACUUCAAUCUGGCCCCUCUAGGCCGACGAAGAGUUCAGUCCCAAUGGGCCUCCACUAGGGGAGGCCAUAAGGAGCGCCCCACAGUCAUGCUGUUUCCCUUUAGGAAUCUCGGCUCACCAACCCAGGUCAUAUCUAAGCCUGAGAGCAAGGAAGAACAUGCGAUAUACACAGCAGACCUAGCCACGGGCACAAGAGCAGCCUCCACUGGGAAGUCUAAGAGUCCAUGCCAGACCCUGGGGGGAAGGGCUCUGAAGGAGAACCCAGUUGACUUGCCUGCCACAGAGCAAAAGGAGAAUUGCUUGGAUUGCUACAUGGACCCCCUGAGACUGUCAUUAUUCCUUCCUAGGGCCAGGAAGCCAGUGUGUCCUCCAUCUCUGUGCAGCUCCGUCAUUACCAUAGGGGACUUGGUUUUAGACUCUGAUGAGGAAGAAAAUGGCCAGGGGGAAGGAAAGGUGACAAGCUGCUGGUGCAGUGGGACAGGCAGCAGACAUGAAAGAACCAUGAAGAGGCUGGAUGGAGCCUGUGUUUCUCUGCACUGACUCAGCCCCUCCUCCUAAGCUCAACAGAUUGCAAACAAUAUCCCAAUACUUUGAAGAAGGCAUUCAAAGGUCAUUGUGAAUGCUGGUGUUUGUGCUUUACAUGUCUACAUGCAAACAGACAAGAGACAGCAGUUGGCUGAAACAGCACAAAUCUUGCAACUGACAAGAAACCCAAGGAAGUCAUGUAUUAGCUAGCAACAAGCAAGUGCUCUACAUACAUACUCAGAGAUCAACAAUAUCUAGCUAAAGCUGGUAUUGAAUUCUGCUUUCUCAACAACUCUAUCAUCAACAUACUGAUAAGCAAAGAAAAGUCACUAUAGGAUAAGAAGUCAGCAGACGUUGGAGAUAUACUGGCAGAGUGUGGCAUGAUGAGCACAUCAGAUUACAUACCAAACUUAGAAAAAGAUGUUUCCUUGCAUCCAACCUUUUUAUUACAGUAAGACUUGGCUCUUAUCUCUAAAACCUGAUUUCUUUACCUCUCAUCAGCAAUACUGAAAGUCAGGCUCCACAUAAAGCAUCAAGACAGUCCCCAAAAAGGUUCAUGUAUUACAGCACGUCUGUUAACUCUGCAGUCAGAGUCACCAUUUCUGAACUCUGCUGGUCAGGGCAGAUGGACAGUGGGCAACAGGAAGAUUCCUAAGCAGUUACUGAAUGGCAAUAAAAAUAAAGUAAAAAUAAAACUGCAUAACUAUCAACCUCGAAGAAAUGACAAGACAUUCCACAAAGACACAGCAAUCAAAAAUAGAAAAAGGAUAUGAAGUCCUUAAGACUAAUGGAGCCACAAACAAUAGCAGAAUUCAUCAACCAGGGCUACAUGGAUCAACCAGCAGAGUGCAUAUGUUCUCAAAGUGCCCAGAUAACUCUCUACCUUCUCAGCAACAAGUAUAGAGGCAGGUAAUAGUACUGACAGGAGCAGCAUCUUCCAUUUCAAAGUGAACAACUUGUAUAUAAGAAAAACACAUCCCAUUUGGGGCACAUCCCAGAAACUCCCAGGAACCUAGGACUUAAAGAAGAGGAAGAUUAAAAAAAGAAGAAUGGCAGAAUUAUUCUUUUGUUAAUGAAUUGUUCUUAUUAAAGAAAAUUAAUAAGCUGCUUCUCCUAG